UCCGUCUGCUGAGGUACGCUCUGCUAGGGUUUUCUAGAGUUUCUAGGCUCUUCUGUAGCACCUGCAAACAUGGUCCUCCAAAAUGAUAUUGAUUUGUUGAACCCACCGGCAGAGCUUGAGAAGAGGAAGCACAAGCUCAAACGUCUUGUUCAGUCACCCAACUCCUUCUUCAUGGAUGUGAAAUGUCAGGGUUGCUUUAACAUAACCACAGUUUUUAGCCACUCUCAAACUGUUGUGGUGUGCGGCAAUUGCCAGACAGUUUUGUGCCAGCCUACUGGUGGCCGUGCUAGACUCACAGAGGGAUGUUCUUUUAGGAGAAAGGGUGACUGAGUUUACUGAAUGAUGCAACAAUUUCAUCAUCUUUUUGUUUUGGUUAUGAUGUAUUAAUUUUGGUAGAACUUUUGAUGGUUUGACAAUGGUGUAAUCUUUUGUUUUAAAUUUUAAUAUACUUGGUGUAGUGGACUUUUUCAUGCUUGAAAUAUUACAUUUUCCACCAGUGUUUAAAGUUGCAUUAA